AUGGCAAGGAAAGACAACAUAUGGAUUUUGUGUAGAUUUUAUUAUGGGGGUAAAAAUGGUGUGUUAGGAAAAAAGCAGGAGGAGGAAAUUUACAAAAUUUUGGAAAGUUCAAAUACGCCGCUAUCCAUAAUUAUUAAAGAAGAAUUCGAUAAAAAAGCAGGAAUUCUGUAUGGAAAAAUAUAUAAAAGUUUAAUUUUUUCUCGUUUCUUAAUCAUUUUCGCAAGUUUGAAACUUCGAUUAUUUAUCAUCCGAACUAGUAAUAAAUACAAAGAAGACGUUUCCCUACUAGCACAAUUUGUAACCCUCUGCGAUGAUUAUCUGGAUGUUCAAGUAUUAUACAUUGGAGUAACCCUGCUUAAAUGUAAGCGCUUUUUAAAGGACCUCUUCAUUAAAUUAAAAAUUGAGGAGAAUAUUCCGUCCAUUUUGAAAGAACUGGAAAAUUGUCAUUAA